AGACCACAAAUUUUGGCUGAAAGUGGGGUUUUGUCAAAGUAUUGGAAAAUGUAACUGAAAGCGCAUAUUAAGAGGGGGCCACUUACAUCAUCAAAUUACAUACUAUUGAAAAACGUGCCUUCUGAUUUGAUGUACAGAUUGAGCCCAAAUAAUAUUUCACUCAGUUUAGUACACGAUUGACAAGGUCUUUAAAUUGGAAUGUGGGACAGAAAGUUGACAUUUGAGAUGGAAGCACUGACCUUUUAGAGACAGAAAGCUGUAAAUUUGCUUUGCUCUCUGGAGUACGUUUUAUACAGUGUGCAAACGUUAUUUUUCGAGUGGUCAUUAAAAAAAAAGGAUAACACUGGAUUGAUCUCACAAACGUCUGUGUCCGACAUUCAACAGUAGGAACUAAAUUGUCGCGUGUUUCCGGUCGGGCCAUAGAGCAGCGGGCACCCCGGAACAUCAACAGCAGUGUCGGAGGAGAAUUUGUUUUACAGCCGACAUGUCAAACAUACUGAGCCGUCUAAUAUCACGGUACCUCCGUCCAAAGUCUAUUGCUGCCCAGAGUCCCCCCGGCCAGAACUCCAUGAGUUGGACCUCGGCGUGUCAGCAACGAACCCUGACGUUACGCAGGAGCGCUGCUGGACAAGUUCCGUUGUCCGGAGUGAGCAGCUGCAGGGCUUUCUCCCACACCACAGUGGACCCUGAAGAACUGAGGAGGUUCCAGUUGCUGGCUGGGAAAUGGUGGGAUGAGAGCGGAGAAUUUGGCGCCCUGCACGCCAUGAAUGACCUGCGAGUGCCUUUCAUACGGGAUAAUCUGCUGAACGUGCACAGAGCUCAAAACCCGGGAAACCCACUGGCGGGCCUGAAAAUCCUGGAUGUAGGCUGUGGAGGCGGGCUGCUCACCGAGCCGCUGGGCCGCCUGGGAGCAGACGUGGUGGGAAUAGAUCCAGUAGAAGACAGCAUCGGCACGGCUCAGCUGCAUUCAUCAUUUGACCCGGAUCUUCGCGACCGCAUCCGCUACCGCGCUUGCACCCUGGAGGAACUCUCCGCAGAUGGGGAGGGAGAAGGGACGGAACAGUUCGAUGCCAUCGUCGCGUCCGAGGUGGUGGAGCAUCUGGCCGACCUGGAAACAUUUGCCUUCUGCUGCAGCCACGUGCUGAAGCCCGGUGGCUCUCUCUUCAUCACCACCAUCAACAAAACCAGCCUGUCCUAUUGGCUGGCCAUCGUGGCAGCUGAGCAGCUGCUGCGCAUCGUUCCAAGUGGGACUCACGAGUGGGAGAAAUUCAUCAGCCCUGAGGAGCUGGAGCGCCUCCUAGAGUCCAGCGGUUUCUCGGUCCAGUCAGUGCAGGGGAUGAUGUACAACCCAGUGUUCGGUUCCUGGUCAUGGAGCAGCAGCACCGCCAUAAACUACGCCCUCCAUGCUGUGAAAGUGGCUGAAGACUCCGGAUCGGACCACGGCGACUCGGAACACAGCUGAGACCAGCGGCUGCGUUCAGAUCUCAUAAUAAAAGCUUGAGAGUGGUUAAACCCUUGUUGUCUCGGCGUAUACAGUGUUGAAUGCAGUCCCUAAAAAUACGACUCCACAUGUGGAGGCUGCACAGCGCUCACUAUUUAUAGCCGCUCAGCUCCGGGGAGUUCACGUCCCUUCACAAGAGGAGCUAGUCACAGCCUCGGGGAUUAUACCAAGUCUCGUGUAUGUGUAUUAUUAUAUAAUAUGGAAAAAGCUGGGGAGAUGCCUGAGUGAUGUUCUUAAAGUGACAGAUGAUUUUUGUGUGUGCGAACAACGUUCAAAGUGUAUAUUAUUUUUUGUGUGAUGUUAUUGGCGAUAAUAAAACAUUU